AUGGAAGAGAGGUUGAAGAAGUUGGCGCUGUGGCACACGAAGACGUUCAGGCCCAUGCUCACCCACGACGACCUGGAGCCGAUCAUGGCGGUGCUCGGCUUUGUGGCCCUCCCCGUGGCCUCGCCACCCGGGCACGGGGGCCCCUGGAAGGAAUACGCCUUCCACGUCGCACCCCAGCCGAGCAGCGGCCUCCACGAGCACCGCCUUCGUGGCGAACGCCUCCAAGGCGACCGCCCCAAGCCGGCGGCGCCGGCGUUGCAGCAGCAGCUUCCCGUCCGCCCCCGCCUCCCCUUCCCGAGGAUCGACGGCCUCCACCUCCUCACCUACAACGCCUUCAUCGACGCCGUCGGCUUCCAUAUCGGCGUCGGCAAGGUCCCUGAUCACUUCCACGUCAGGUGCGUCGUCCCCCACACCGCAUCGCUUGAUCUUUCCGUACCAUCGUCCCCCGUUCCUUCGUCGUCUUCUCCGGCGCGGCGAGCACUUCCCAGGUACAGACCUUCUUCUCUGAUAAAUUUACUUGGUUGCCACUCCUCAGAGCAAAGACGAUCUUGCUGGUCGCUCUUUUCCUCGCGGCCAUAAAUUACGGAUCUGCCAUUGUGACGUUUACGCCGUUGACUCUGACCUCUAAGGGGAUGACACGUGUAUGCGUCGAUCCUAGGAACCGAUCGGAUAGCGGUGUAUCCGUAUUUUCGGUUGACUUUCUAGACCCCUGUAGCUCCAUAAUCCUAGCCAUGUCUCUCCCAAGAUGGCGGAGGAGGAGGAGAUCGUUCCUGCUGACUUUUCAAGGACUGUGACGAUGAGCAGGGGCAUGCCCGUCCACCGCGUCCACGACCGGAUGUUCGACAAGGUUUUCCGGCGGAUGAGCGACGACCGACGGGGCGGCGAUGAGGAGAGGACGCUGGUGUACAGGGAAGGGACGCUCGACCAGGCCACCCUCCUGCCCUCCGGCGGGAACUCCGUCGGCGUAGGCAGCGGCGCCACCGGCGUCAAAGGAGCGGCGACCAGCUUGAUGUGCAUGGUUUCGCUGAAGGAAAUCUUUCCUCCGACGAAACACAUCGCCGUCUAG